AUGUCCCGUCUCAGCAAGCUUGUAUCACGCGCUUUCAUGCGAAAGCGUUCCAAGCGCCAGCAGCAACCCUCACGAGCUGAUCCGUCCUCUCCCGAGAGAGAGUCUAAUGACGAGAUGUUCAUUUCUGUUGAUGCGCCUCGAUUUAGCACCUUCCAUACUCCGAGCUCAAUCGGCAAUGGUCGGCUACCUUUGUCAACACCAAGUUUUGAUGCCCUUGGGGCCAUCAGCGAGAACGAAGUUGUCUGCAUACUCCCUCCAGCAGCUGCGAAGUCCAGCUCAGAGCCUUACUACACUGUCUACACACUGACCGAAUCCCCUGUCGAUCAUGCUUCUGGUGAUGGGCCUAGCGCGAGGAAAGGCCCGUUUACACUGCAAGCUUUGCAUGUUCCCGCCGAUCAGGCCCCCGCGUACUCAUCUCUGCUAGGACAGUACUUGCUCACCGGCGAAAAAGCCCAACGAGCGAGCCUGCUGAGCGACGAUGUAGAAGUUGACGUGAUUAUCUCGACAAGGUCUGGGUUAGGGUUGGCAAGGGAAUUUUACGAGAGCGUUUUGAAGGAGAUCCUGGAGGCCUUGGGACGUCCCUUACUCGAAGACGAGGGUAAAGGAGGAUCGAAGGGCCACCGAAUAACAGUAACUAAGGACGGCAACACUAUCAAGGAGUUUGCUCAAGGUCUGGGUAAAGCAGCGGCCGACUCGACUGUUAAGAACAAGCUAGUACUGCUGCUUAGCGGAGACGGUGGUGUCGUUGACAUGCUGAACGGGCUAGAAACCUCCUGGCUGUCACAGCAGUCAGCGAAACAGGCAGGAGAACGAGAACAGAUGACUCUAUCUUCCCCGGCUGUCGCACUUCUGCCGCUGGGUACGGCUAAUGCGCUGUUCCACUCGCUUCACAAGUCUUUGCACCAGCAGGCCGGAUCCAAUGGUCCAUCCCCGCUUGUUCUGAGCCUGCGAACUCUCCUCUUCGGCGUCCCGGCCGCCUUGCCCACAUUUCGCACCGAAUUCUCUCCCGGCGCGCGGUUGGUCGCGGGCCCAUCCGAACCCACACAUGCACCGACCACGGCCGAGGAUAUGCACUCGUCGGCUGCCGGUACUGUGCAGGUAGGUCACCUGCUCGGGGCGAUUGUGGCCUCGUACGGCUUCCACGCCAGCUUGGUCUGGGAGAGCGACACGCCGGCCUAUCGCAAGCACGGAGACAAACGUUUCGGCAUGGCAGCGGCCGAGCUGCUGCGCGAAGCCCAUGGGUAUGACGCCGUCGUUGAUAUCCGGCGACAGCAGCAGCUAGAUACAGAGUCCAUCCGACUGUACCAUGGUGCUGUUGCAGAUCACCGCUGCAGCUACGUCCUCACGACGCUUGUCUCCAACCUCGAGCGGACUUUUACAAUAUCGCCGCGCGGAAAACCCCUCGAUGGGCAGCUCAGGCUGGUACACUUCGGGGACGUGGGUGGCGACAGGACGAUGGAGAUCAUGCAGGCGGCAUAUCGCGAAGGGGAGCAUAUUGGAAUGCAAGACGUGGGCUACGAGCCCCCAGCGGAGGAUGGCACUCUCGAAGAGGUAACGGUGACAGUCAACGAGGACGACCCCCGCUGGCGAAAAGUUUGCGUUGAUGGGACCAUUGUAGAGCUCGAGCAGGGCGGUUGGAUGCGAGUCCGUCGUGAGAAGGGGCAGUGGUUGAGGAUAUUGGUGGAUAGGUGUGUUGCAGAGCAGACAGAAAAACUGCGGAAUGCCAUCGGGCCGUGA